CCCAUCAGCAUUCGGGCUCUGUCCAGGGGCGAGAUAGGUAUUUACUGAAAAAGGUUGAGAGGGACUGGAUUGAUGGGGUCAAGGAGUACCCAAAACGUACAGUACAGUCCUUUGCCUUUGGUCUGGUCUUGGCAUUCCUACUGUACUUGAAUGCUUCAUCCACGUCCACGUGUUCCCUUAUCCACAUGCAAGGCUACGCGUGUAGUUGCAUGGACAUGAAUGGGCAAAGGCAAAAUGUUUGUUGUUGCAUGUGGAGAUCACAUGGCAGUUCAGAGGAGAAGGAACUGUGGAAGGGAUGAUGUGAAUGGCAGUAACAGUGAACCCCGGCAGCAUUUGCAUUUUGUGUCUCUUCCAUUAUCCUGAGGCUUGUAAAAACAUGAUUGAAAAGUACCCCGACGGUCCAUCAAAGUGGAAAGUGCUUGGCAUCCACUUAAGUACAUAUUCUUUAAUGAGGCUACGACAGCUAAUAAUCUAUCCAUUGGUUGGUUAGGAGUUCAAAGUGGGAAAUUUCAGCUGUCAUCCAUCCAUAUCACAGGAUUACUUACAGUUUUUGUUUAUUUUAUCCUUUCCUGGUAUUCAGACCUUUACAGAUUUUCACUUUCAAGACUUUGCCAUUCUUGCUCUCUUAUAAAUGCUGUUUUUUUUUCCUUCCAGUAUUGGAAAAUCUCAGCAGGUGUACAGAUUCCCUGAAUUACCCUGCUGAUUUAGCCAUUUCAUGUUUUCGCCAUGAAAGGCCUAAUUUGCCUGUUUUUAAGUCUACUUUGGUCUUACUAACACAGAAGCAUCAAAAAAAAUCCGUUGAACGAAUGAGAAGAAGCUGGGGAGAUCUGACAAGUUUAAAAGUCGAAUAGAACAAGUGUCUUUUUUCAGCCAAACUGUGUUCGGAUCUCCGUGUGUUACUGAUGAAUUUUCCCGAAAUAUCUUCUUGGGUUGUAGAUGAUGCUUGUGUUGGAGAAAAAGCAAGGGUUGAUGAGAGGCCGGAAUAUGGUGAGUACAAGUAUAGCGGCAGGCUUGGCGCAAGUCCUAAUGCCGAUCAAACUCAUGUUGCAUCCAAUGACCUCUCUCGGAGAAAGGCAGUCAAAUCCACGGUGGUUAGCCAAAAAGUUCAGAAAAAACCUAGAAAGAAGGGAUUGCCUGCGAAAACAGCUAAGGGAAGAACAGUUCAUCUGGAUUUUGCCUCUAAAUUGCCUGCAAAGGCUUUCAAUGUGUACAGAAUUUCUCAACCUAGAGGCAGCAAAGAUAGGCACAGUAAAGUAAUCACUUCCAAAGGACCAAGAGACAGGCGGAUGAGAUUGUCCGUGGAUACCGCUACAAGCUUGUAUGAAUUGCAAGACAAGCUGGGCCUAGAUCAACCAAGUCAGACUGUGGAAUGGCUCCUUCUAAAAGCUCAGCCUGCAAUUCGUGAGUUAGCACUUCCUGCUUAUUCCAAUACUGCGCAAGUAUCACUUCUGUACCAAAACUUAACUUUCUCGCAGAAGUUAGAUCAGUAUGGAAGUAUUUUAGCAGCGACUUCUUUCCCUGCAUCUACUACAGCAAGCAACAGCAACAGCAACACAGAUGCACAAAAGGGGGGAACUGUCAUGAAGCGAGCAAGUCUCAGAGGAACGGCAAAAGCAAACCCUAACGAGCGAAAGGCUAAUAGAACCAAGGCCAGAGAGAGAGCUCGGCAGAGAACCAGGGAAAAAAGCUGCGCCAAACAAUCCCAACCAUUAAUUGAUAACUGCAAACCUCCUCAAUCAUUUGGGUUUGUGAAGAAAAGUUUCGCUUCUUCCAUGGACACUGUAUGUGAGAAUGGCAAUGGCAAUGCCCACAGCUCCUUUCUUGUGCAGGACUCCACACUUCUGGGUGAUUCUAAACGUUGCAGAAGUUCGCAUUCAUCUUUCAUCCAUCCGCAGAGUGAUAUCCAAAGCUCACUUCAGAGUACUCUUCACUGCCCCACUUGUCAACAGGAAGGAAGCAGUCUACAAUCCAUGGGAUCAAUCUCAUACUCAAAUCCACCAAUAGUAUCAGAAAAACCUGCGCCGGAUUUCGGACAGGGGUUUUUCCCAUUAUCUGCAGUAUCCUCUACAUGUUGUGCACAAUGUUUAGUGCCGAAUUCAAUCAGCUGCAACGCUGGUUUAGAAUGCAUAAGUGAAGGUCAGUCUUCCUCUAACAAUGAAAUACAUGUAGAGGAUGCUAGAAAUAUUUGUCUAAAGCCAUUUGAAGAACAUCAGUCGUCUACUAUCUUGACGGCUUUCAGUCCAAUUUCUUGUUUUCCAAGUCCUCCUUAUCAAUUCUUGGACGGUGGUUAUUACGCCCAUGACUACACAGUGGGCAAUAGCUGUCAGUAA